CCUUGCGCAGAUCGCGCAGUUUACGUUCUUCGGCCGGAGUGACAAAGAGAACGAGCACAGACCGACGGAGAAGAUAUAAAAAAGGAAAUUUCUGAAUUACCGUGCGGAUUCUGAUCACCGUUUCCUUUCGGAACCGCACGUUUGGCUCGUUUCUUGAACUACCCGUGUACAUUUGGGAUUUCUUAUCUGGUCAUCCGUGUGCAUGGAGUUAAGUGGGUCGGGGCGGCCGAGGAUAUCAGUCUUGAAAUUUGGCAAUUGGAAAAUUCUGAGUAUCGUUGGUUAGAGCAAGGAAGCCGCCAUGGCUGGUGCCACAGGAUCACUGGGUCUCCACCUCAGUAUAUGAAAAAUACUGAAUGGUGAUGAAAAACCACUUCAGUUUCUCAGCGUUUUGAGGGUAUUUUAGACACGGACCGUGUUCUUUGUGUAAAUCUCUGUUCCUGUCAGAGGGAAAGAAAGAGACGAGGAUCGGUGGGUUUCGUUCGAGCGGAACUGGGAAAAGGCCAAUUUCAUGAGUGUCUUAAUUCAUGAGCGAAUUUAUCUGAGGUUUCAUCCUUGAAGGUAAAACUGAUAAUCACAGGAAAAUUAUGAUCUGAUCUGAAGAAGUUCCCUGAAGAAAUCGAUCGCGAAGGGACCCCGGACAGCCGAGCCGCUUUAGCCCAUUUUCCUUCUGAUUUAAGUCGUAGACAAACUGCUUCCCACUGGUCGAAACGGAUUCGUUUAAGACUAACGGUCGUAUUUUACUCUGAGAGACGUCUGCGUGGGAUUUCGGAUUGGAAAAUGUCCGGUCGGCCCAGAACCACCUCCUUCGCAGAGAGCUGCAAGCCAGUGCCGCAGCCGUCAGCUUUCGGCAGCAUGAAAGUCAGCAGAGAUAAAGAUGGCAGUAAAGUGACCACAGUGGUGGCGACCCCUGGACAGGGACCUGACCGGCCGCAGGAGGUCAGCUACACCGACACCAAGGUCAUCGGGAACGGCUCUUUUGGCGUGGUCUAUCAGGCCAAGCUGUGUGACUCAGGAGAACUGGUGGCCAUUAAGAAGGUCCUUCAGGACAAGCGAUUUAAGAACCGUGAGCUUCAGAUCAUGCGAAAACUGGACCACUGCAACAUUGUGCGUCUGCGUUACUUCUUCUACUCCAGUGGAGAUAAGAAGGAUGAGGUGUAUCUGAAUCUGGUGCUGGACUACGUCCCGGAGACCGUCUACAGAGUGGCGAGACACUACAGCCGCGCUAAGCAGACCCUUCCCAUGGUUUAUGUAAAGUUGUACAUGUACCAGCUCUUCAGGAGUCUGGCCUACAUCCAUUCCUUUGGGAUCUGCCAUCGGGACAUCAAGCCGCAGAAUCUGUUGCUGGACCCAGACACGGCCGUGCUCAAACUCUGUGACUUUGGCAGUGCUAAGCAGUUAGUACGUGGGGAGCCCAAUGUUUCCUACAUAUGCUCACGCUACUACAGAGCCCCCGAACUCAUCUUUGGAGCAACCGACUACACCUCCAGCAUAGACGUGUGGUCAGCUGGCUGCGUGCUGGCCGAGCUCUUGCUUGGACAACCCAUUUUCCCCGGCGACAGCGGAGUGGAUCAGCUGGUGGAAAUCAUCAAGGUGCUGGGCACUCCUACACGCGAGCAGAUUCGGGAAAUGAACCCAAACUACACCGAGUUCAAGUUCCCGCAGAUUAAGGCCCACCCAUGGACUAAGGUGAGUAAACAGGUGUUUCGGCCGCGCACGCCUCCUGAAGCCAUUGCUUUGUGCUCGCGGCUGUUGGAGUACACGCCGACCGCUCGACUGACCCCGCUUGAGGCCUGCGCUCACUCCUUCUUUGAUGAACUGCGGGAUCCCAAUGUCAAACUUCCUAAUGGACGUGAGAAACCAUCCUUAUUCAACUUCACAACUCAAGAGCUGUCCAGUAACCCAUCCCUGGCCUCUAUCCUAAUUCCUGCUCAUGCACGUAACCAGACAGGAGCCUCUACCCCCACCAACGCUUCUGCCACCUCAGAUGUCAAUAGUGGAGAUCGCGGUCAGACCACAACUGCAGCCUCUGCCUCCGCCUCCAACACCUCAACCUGAGAGCCCCAGCCAAUCAGACCUGACCCUGCCUCCGAGGCCACGCCCACCCUACUGCUCACCAGCUUAUCGGGCAGGAUUCGAGUCAUGUAACCGCCACUCUUAUUCAGACUGCAAGAGCCAACAACCUUCAUUUAUGAUUUUUUUUUUUUUUCGUUCAGAACGAGUUUAAAAUGAUACGUGUGGAAUAGCCUCGUCGAGUGUAAUUCACAAGAGUGACAGAGACAGAGAAAAAGAGAGAGCAGCUGGGAGGGUUAAACCACAAAUCCUGGUCUGUGACCAGCCGGAACUUUUUUUUGUUUUUCAUUCUCAGAGGACAAUCUUAUUAUGUAAGCAAUCCGGUAGCCAGAUCCAUCCACUUCCGUUCGCAUCUGGGCUCCCCUUCUCUCACCUGGACACCUUCUCUCCCUUUAUACUGUCCUGGGCCUUUAAUAGCGCAUGGCUUGAAUUUGGUUGGGAGCACCCCAUGUAUACAGUACACAUAUAUAUACAUAUAGUGUGUAUAUUUAUAUAUAUAUAUGUAUAUGUAUGUAUAUGUAUUGGGUGAAGAUGAUGCAAGCAUUCAAAACUAGAGGAAAUAUUGUAUCUAAGCGUAUCUAACAAACACAAGGCACUGUACAAGAGGUAUAAAUAUAAAAAACGCAUGUCAACCACAAAGACAACAGAGAAAUACUCUGUUACAGGAGUUUUAAGUCGGCUGAAUCUAUUUUAUCUUGUUUUAUAAAAUGGGCGGGCUGUAGGGGAGGGGCAAACCAUUUGAUUGACAGGUGAGAUGUGUGUCUCCAUCUCUGUGUUUAUGUAUGAUUUAUACAUACACGGUUUAUUUAUUUUUAUAUAUAUAUAUAUAUAUAUAUAUAUAUAUAUAUAUAUAUAUAGAUAUAUAUAUAGAUAUAUAUAUAGAUAGAUCUAUAUCUAGCAUCAUCAGAAUCCAUUACAGUUUGGCCGCUGACUGAAAUGAUACAGUAGUCUGCUGUUUUCAGUUAGCCAUUAGAAAUCACCUUCUGUCCUGAUUUCCUCUGGUUAUUUAUUGUCGCGUGUGUGUCGGUGUCGUGAUGUUCAGAUCCAUUGUUCUUAUGCACACAGCUAAACAUAAAGAACACAUGAAGAAACGCAUCGAUGUGGCGCUGACUUCACAGAGACUGUGUCUGUGCUCCAUUCGCGAUGUUAAACUGAAAUGGCUGUGUUGUUUUAACCACUACUUUUUUCUUCAUCAUGUCUCGGCAUAGCUUACAGAAAGACGUACUUUUUUCCUUCCCAAAAUGUCUUAAUGCGCAAAGCAUGGCAGUAUAAGAAAACGACAGUCGUGUAUAUACAGUACAGCACAGUUGCUCCUCACCAAAUUCUGGCUUUUACUUUGACUUUUUCUGUUUUGUUUUGAUUUUUGUAUAAUUUGUGAGCGUGCGUGCAUGUGUGAGUGUGUGUGAGUGAGUGUGUUCUGCUAUGUACAUAAAUAUGCUGACCUGAGAACUGUAAAUGAGCGAAAACAAAGACGAGGGAUUAAAUGAAAAAAGGAUCAAAGAAAUAAAACAGAAUUAAAAGAUCAGGGCAGACAUGACCUGUUUGUUGGAUAGUGUAGACAAGGAGCUUGCUCCAGCCAUAUAGUUCAAUCUUAUAUGUACAGUAGGUGCCAGCUAUAUUAUUGUAACUAUAACUAGUAAUGUAUAGUGUAUCUAUAGUUUGGAGUGCCUUUGCUUCCAUACACUUCCUGUCCCUAGACCACGCCCCUUCCUGUGACCCUCUGCAGGUGCUGUUGAUUGGUCAAGUCUGAAUGACUGACAGCUGACUUCAUUUACUAUCAGAAACCACAUUCAACGGCAUUUCUGUAGAUGUUUUUCCUCACUUCUUUUUUCUCUCUCUCGAGUUCGGCACAAAGGUGUUUUUGUGUGUGGAGGAAGUCAUGUUCCCGUGGAGUUUAUCGCAAUGUAUGUUCUGACACUCGUUCCACUACCAAAGUGAACCAACUCUGAGUGUGCUGUGAUGUAACUGCGACAUCCCAGGGGCAAUAAUAAUGAUUUCUUUGUGUGUCCGCUCGUUGGCCAGCUGACAGUACGUGGUAGAGAUGUCACGUAGCUCCCGCCGGACCCUCAAUGUAAAGCUUGCUUGUAAGAUGCGCAUUCACAGAUGUGUUGCUUUCCAUGAAUGGUGUGACCACGUCAUGUGACUACAGUUAGAGUAAGAAUGUAAAGACGCAAGGUUUAAAAACAAUUGCCAAAAAAACAAACAAAAAAAAAACAAUUGUUUAAGGACUGUGGGCUGAAUACAGACUAUCGCAUUACAUACACUUGUUGGGAAAACAGUUGUCUUGGUUUAAAAUGGAAAAAAGGAAUAAAAAUAAAAAAAACAAAUACAACAUGUAUAACAUUAAUAUUACUUGAAUGCCUCUGUUUGUGACUGAAAUUUUUAUUUUAUUUUAAAUAUAUUCUUUUUCUGUGAAGGUAUGCUAAAUGUCUCCUCUCCUUGUAAAUAUGCCCGUUUUGGUCCUUGGUGUGACUUGGAUUCAGAGACUAGUUACCUGGUACUGUAAUUUGCAUUAAAUAAAGAGUAGGAUAGCUUGGAAAUGA